CUCCCAAACCGUGCCAGGAGUCGCCUAGUCGGUGAAAAUUUGAUUUUUUCGGGUAAACUCUCACUCCCAUGGCCAUUUGAGGGAAGAAGAAGAAACCCUAAAUUCCUAACUCUGAAUUUCCACAACCCUUCUCAACGAGUGAGAAUCAAAUUGUAGAUAUGGAGGGAAGUAAUGAUGGGUCAAUUGAUCUAGAUACAAUGACAACAACACUGGAACCUGACAAAGUUAGCCGUGGAGGAUUAUCAGUACCAGGGAAGGAUAGAGUGGUGUUUAGACCUCCUGAGAGGAAAUCUCUUUUAGGUUUGGACGUGCUAGCAAAUGCAAAGAGAGAAUCUAAAGGUGUUUUUAGGGUUCCUAAAGAUAAGGCUAUUUCAGUUGUGUCUUCGGUCGAUGAAGAUGAGAAGUCUAUGUUGUCAGAAGUGGGGGAUGAGCUUGAAACUAGUGUACCUCAUGUUGGGCCUUCUAAACGUCGUUAUCGGGGAAGUACAGCAGAAGAUACUCCCCGUUCAGAAAGUGGUGUGACAAGCGAACGACAAUUUAAAGAUGCAUCUGGGGGCCGUGUAUCAAAUGAAAGCCGACAUUCCGAAGUGCGUAGUCCAUCUGUUGGAAGCUCUCGAACUGUCCGAUCUCAUAGUCAUUCUAAGUACGACAGAGAUGGUCACCGCAGUGAAAGAAGAGAUUACAGGGAUGAUACUAGGCCAGACAGUAGAAGCGUUAGGCAAAGAUAUGAUGGUAGAGAGACGCCUAGUCGGUACUCUGAUCGUAGGUACAGUGAAGACUCACGGAGAGAUCGAAAUAAAUAUGAAUAUUCUUCUAGAAGGACACCUGGACGAUCAGAUUGGGAUGAUGGAAGAUGGGAAUGGGAAGACACUCCACGUCGGGAUGGUCAUUCUACACCUAGUAGGAGCCAUCGGCCUUCACCAGCCCCGAUGCUAGUUGGUUCAUCACCUGAUGCUCGUCUGGUGUCUCCAUGGUUGGGUGAUACACCUUAUUCUGCAGGGUCUGCCGCUUCUCCAUGGGACUAUGUAUCCCCAUCUCCAGUCCCGAUACGUGCUUCAGGGACAUCCUCAAUGAGAUAUUCAAAUUCUCGUGCUGGUGGGAGGUCACAUCAGUUUAACUCUUCUGCGGAAAAUUCUAAUCCAGACUUAGAGGGGAAUGAUGAAGACGAGAGUUCUUCCAGUAUGAAUCAAAGUCAUGAGAUCACAGAAAAGUUGCGUUUACAGAUGGAGUAUGAUGCUGACCGAGCAUGGUAUGAUAGAGACGAGGGUAACACAUCGUUCGAUGGUGAUAGCUCAUCAGCUUUCCUUGGGGACGAGGCUUCUUUCCAAAAGAAAAAGGCAGAGGUGGCAAAGAAACUGGUUCGUAAGGAUGGAACAUUGAUGACCCUUGCGCAGAGCAAAAAAUUGUCUCAAAUGACCGCUGACAAUGCCCAAUGGGAAGACCGCCAACUACUGAGAUCAGGAGCUGUUAGAGGGACAGAGGUGCAAACAGAAUUUGAAGAUGAGGAUGAACGCAGAGUUAUUCUCCUUGUUCAUGAUACAAAGCCUCCUUUCUUGGAUGGGAGGGUUGUCUUCACAAAACAAGCAGAGCCUAUAAUGCCCUUAAAAGACCCCACUUCAGAUAUGGCUAUAAUAUCACGCAAAGGAUCUGCUCUAGUUAGAGAGAUCCAUGAGAAACAAAGCCAGAAUAAAUCUCGUCAAAGAUUUUGGGAGCUCGCGGGAUCAAAACUUGGUGAUAUCCUGGGUGUUGAAAAGACGGCAGAGCAGAUCGAUGCAGAUACCGCUGUUGUUGGGGAUGAGGGGGAAAUUGAUUUUAAAGAGGAUGUGAAGUUUGCGCAACACAUGAAGGUGAAGGGUGAAGCGGUAAGUGAUUUUGCAAAGUCAAAAACCUUAUCGCAGCAACGACAGUAUCUACCCAUAUAUUCCGUGCGUGAAGAGUUGUUGCAGGUAAUUCGUGAAAAUCAGGUCAUAGUCAUAGUUGGGGAAACCGGCUCAGGGAAAACGACUCAACUAACACAGUAUCUGUAUGAAGACGGAUAUACGGCAAGUGGAAUUAUUGGUUGCACACAACCAAGGCGUGUUGCCGCAAUGAGUGUUGCAAAGAGAGUUAGUGAAGAGAUGGAGACUGAGCUUGGUGAUAAAGUUGGUUAUGCUAUUCGGUUCGAGGACGUGACUGGUCCAAACACCAAGAUAAAGUACAUGACUGAUGGAGUACUUCUACGUGAGACAUUAAAAGAUUCUGAUCUCGAUAAAUAUCGCGUCAUCGUCAUGGAUGAAGCACAUGAAAGAUCUCUGAAUACUGAUGUGCUAUUUGGAAUCAUGAAAAAAGUAGUUGCUCAACGCCGUGACUUCAAGCUCAUUGUGACAUCUGCAACCCUAAACGCACAGAAAUUUUCCGACUUUUUUGGAAGUGUUCCAGUCUUUCACAUCCCUGGGAGGACGUUCCCUGUGAAAACCUUUUACAGUAAGUCCCCUUGUGAAGACUAUGUUGAAGGUGCAGUGAAGCAAGCCAUGUCAAUACACAUCACGAGCCCUCCUGGUGAUAUUUUAGUCUUUAUGACUGGUCAGGAAGAGAUUGAAGCAACUUGCUUUGCCUUGCAAGAGCGUAUGGACCAGCUUGUUUCCACCACCAAGAAAGGGGUUCCUAAGCUGUCGAUACUCCCAAUAUAUUCCCAACUUCCAGCUGAUUUGCAGGCCAAAAUUUUCCAGAAAGCUGAAGAUGGGGCACGGAAAUGUAUCGUUGCUACUAAUAUCGCUGAGACGUCACUGACAGUGGAUGGUAUUCUAUAUGUCAUUGACAGUGGUUACAGUAAGAUGAAAGUUUACAACCCCAGGAUGGGUAUGGAUGCUCUCCAAGUGUUUCCAGUCAGUCAAGCUGCUGCUCAACAGCGUGCAGGACGUGCAGGGAGAACAGGCCCAGGUACAUGCUACCGGCUUUACACCGAGUCUGCUUAUGACAAUGAAAUGCUCCCCAGUCCUGUACCCGAGAUCCAAAGGACCAACCUUGGUAACGUUGUCCUAUUGCUUAAAUCACUGAAGAUUGAGAAUUUACUGGAUUUUGAUUUCAUGGACCCACCACCUCAAGAUAAUAUCCUCAACUCAAUGUACCAAUUGUGGGUGUUGGGUGCCUUGAAUAAUGUUGGGGGCCUCACAGAGCUUGGUUGGAAGAUGGUGGAGUUUCCACUGGACCCACCACUUGCAAAGAUGCUUCUUAUUGGAUAUCAACUUGGCUGUUUGAAUGAAGUUUUGACAAUCGUGUCCAUGUUAUCAGUGACGAAUGUAUUUUUUCGGCCAAAAGAUCGUGCUGAGGAAAGUGAUGCAGCUCGAGAGAAGUUUUUUGUGCCAGAAUCUGAUCACCUGACGCUGCUCAAUGUGUACCAGCAGUGGAAAGCAAAUCAAUACCGUGGUGACUGGUGUAACGACCAUUAUUUGCAUGUCAAAAUAUUAAGAAAGGCAAGGGAGGUAAGGUCGCAGCUAUUAGACAUUCUGAAGACCUUGAAAAUCCCACUUACAACCUGUGAUCUGGAUUGGGAUGUUGUACGCAAAGCUAUAUGCUCUGCCUACUUUCACAAUGCUGCAAGGCUGAAGGGAAUUGGUGAGUACGUCAACUGCCGCAAUGGGAUGCCAUGUUACCUUCCCCAAAACAGUGCACUCUAUGGUUUGGGUUACACCCCAGACUACGUGGUGUAUCAUGAAUUGAUUUUAACUACCAAGGAGUACAUGCAAUGCGCAACGGCGGUGGAGCCACAGUGGCUGGCAGAGAUGGGUCCGAUGUUUUUUUCAGUCAAGGAUUCUGAUACAUCCAUGUUGGAGCAUAAAAGAAAGCAGAAGGAUGAGAAGACAGCAAUGGAAGAGGAGAUGGAGAACUUGAGGAAGGAGCAAGCAGAGAUGGAGAAGGUAAACAAGGAAAAGGAGAAGCAGAAGAGGGCAAAACAACAACAACAAAUAUCGAUGCCUGGUUUCAAGAAAGGUUCUUCGACUUAUUUGAGACCUAAGAAAUUCGGAUUGUAAAGAUUGUGUGGUCAAGCUAAUGAUUUUGUCAUUCAUAUUGUAUCCGGGAAAUUUUCUUCUUUGUCCGUCUCAGAAGUGAAAAAUAGUUCUGUACCAAACAGUAAAUGUAUACUGUUCUCUUGGCGAAUUAUUUAUGCCAACAAUGUAUUCAAAAUGAAGAACAAAGUAGCUGUUAUUUGGUUCUUAUAUUGAAAAACCAAGUUCCAACAAGCUUUUAGUUAACUGAAUGACGCAAA